CCAGUCCCUGAGAAGCGGCCCCCAGAAGUGCAGCAUUUCCGCAUGAGUGAUGAUGUGCAUUCGCUGGGGAAGGUAACUUCAGAGGUGGCCAAAAGGAGGAAGCUGAACUCUGCAGGUGGCCUGUCAGAGGAGUUGAAUUCUGCAAGGGGUUCCGGAGAAGUGUCCCUGGACAAGGGGCACCCCAGGUCCCUAGAGGAGUGGGAAACAGUGGUAGGCGAUGACUUCAGUCUCUACUAUGACUCCUACUCUGUGGAUGAACGCGUGGAUUCUGACAGUAAGUCUGAAGUUGAAGCUCUGGCUGAGCAACUGAGUGAAGAGGAGGAGGAGGAGGAAGAGGAAGAGGAGGAAGAAGAGGAGGAGGAGGAGGAAGAAGAGGAAGAGGAGGAAGAUGAGGAGUCAGGCAAUCAGUCAGAUAGAAGUGGCUCUAGUGGCAGGCGCAAGGCCAAGAAGAAAUGGCGGAAGGACAGCCCAUGGGUGAAACCCUCUCGGAAACGUCGGAAGCGGGAGCCUCCUCGGGCCAAGGAGUUGCGAGGAGUGAAUGGUGUGGGCUCCUCAGGCCCCAGUGAGUACAUGGAAGUCCCUCUGGGGUCCCUGGAGCUGCCCAGCGAGGGGACCCUCUCCCCCAACCACGCUGGGGUGUCCAAUGACACAUCUUCGCUGGAAACAGAGCGCGGCUUUGAGGAGCUGCCCCUCUGCAGCUGUCGCAUGGAAGCACCCAAGAUUGACCGAAUCAGCGAACGGGCAGGGCACAAGUGCAUGGCUACCGAGAGCGUGGAUGGAGAGCUGUCGGGCUGCAAUGCCGCCAUCCUCAAACGGGAAACCAUGAGGCCCUCCAGCCGCGUGGCCCUGAUGGUGCUCUGUGAGACCCACCGUGCCCGCAUGGUCAAACACCACUGCUGCCCAGGCUGUGGCUACUUCUGCACAGCAGGUACCUUCCUGGAAUGUCACCCCGACUUCCGGGUGGCCCACCGCUUCCACAAGGCCUGUGUGUCCCAGCUCAAUGGGAUGGUCUUCUGUCCACACUGUGGAGAAGAUGCUUCGGAAGCCCAGGAGGUGACCAUCCCACGGGGCGAUGGGGGAACCCCUCCAGCUGGAACAGUAGCCCCUGCGCCCCCACCCCUGGCCCAGGACGCCCCAGGCAGAGCAGAUACUUCGCAGCCCAGCGCCCGGAUGAGAGGGCAUGGAGAGCCCCGGCGCCCACCCUGUGAUCCCCUGGCUGACACCAUCGACAGCUCGGGCCCUUCUCUCACCCUGCCCAAUGGGGGCUGUCUCUCAGCGGUGGGACUGCCACCCGGGCCAGGUCGGGAGGCCCUGGAGAAGGCCCUGGUUAUCCAGGAGUCAGAAAGGCGGAAGAAGCUCCGUUUCCACCCCCGGCAGUUGUACCUCUCCGUGAAACAGGGAGAGCUGCAGAAAGUGAUCCUGAUGCUGUUAGACAACCUGGACCCCAACUUCCAGAGUGACCAGCAGAGCAAGCGCACAGCCCUGCAUGCAGCUGCCCAAAAGGGCUCAUUGGAAAUCUGCCAUGUGCUGCUGCAGGCUGGAGCCAACAUCAAUGCAGUGGAUAAACAGCAGCGGACGCCCCUGAUGGAGGCUGUGGUGAACAACCACCUGGAUGUGGCACGCUACAUGGUACAGCGUGGCGGCUGUGUCUACAGCAAGGAGGAGGAUGGUUCCACCUGCCUCCACCACGCAGCCAAAAUUGGGAACUUGGAGAUGGUCAGCCUGCUGCUGAGCACGGGACAGGUGGACGUCAAUGCCCAGGACAGCGGCGGGUGGACCCCCAUCAUCUGGGCAGCAGAACACAAGCACAUUGACGUGAUUCGCAUGCUGCUCACACGGGGUGCUGAUGUCACCCUUACCGACAAUGAGGAAAACAUCUGCCUGCACUGGGCCUCCUUCACUGGCAGCGCUGCCAUUGCUGAGGUCCUGUUGAAUGCCCGUUGUGACCUGCAUGCUGUCAACUACCACGGGGACACACCCCUGCACAUUGCCGCUCGGGAGAGCUACCACGACUGCGUGCUGUUGUUCUUGUCACGUGGGGCCAACCCCGAGCUGCGGAACAAAGAAGGGGACACAGCCUGGGACCUGACACCUGAGCGCUCCGAUGUAUGGUUUGCGCUUCAGCUCAACCGCAAGCUGCGGCUUGGGGUGGGAAAUCGGGCCAUCCGCACCGAGAAGAUCAUCUGCCGAGACGUGGCUCGAGGCUAUGAGAAUGUGCCGAUUCCUUGUGUGAAUGGUGUGGAUGGAGAACCUUGCCCUGAGGAUUACAAGUACAUCUCAGAGAACUGUGAGACAUCUACCAUGAACAUUGACCGAAAUAUCACCCACCUGCAGCACUGCACCUGUGUGGAUGACUGUUCCAGCUCCAACUGCCUAUGUGGCCAACUCAGCAUCCGCUGCUGGUACGACAAGGAUGGGCGGCUGCUCCAGGAAUUUAACAAGAUCGAGCCCCCCCUGAUCUUUGAGUGUAACCAGGCCUGCUCCUGCUGGAGAAACUGCAAGAACCGCGUGGUACAGAGUGGCAUCAAGGUUCGACUGCAGCUCUACCGAACAGCCAAGAUGGGCUGGGGGGUCCGCGCCCUGCAGACAAUCCCCCAGGGGACUUUCAUUUGCGAGUACGUCGGGGAGCUGAUCUCCGAUGCUGAGGCUGAUGUCAGAGAGGAUGAUUCCUACCUCUUCGACUUAGACAACAAGGAUGGAGAGGUGUACUGCAUCGAUGCUCGUUACUACGGCAACAUUAGCCGCUUCAUCAACCACCUGUGUGAUCCCAACAUCAUCCCUGUCCGGGUCUUCAUGCUGCACCAAGACCUGCGAUUUCCACGCAUUGCUUUCUUCAGUUCCCGAGACAUUCGGACGGGGGAGGAACUAGGGUUUGACUAUGGUGACCGCUUUUGGGACAUUAAAAGCAAAUACUUCACCUGUCAGUGUGGCUCUGAGAAGUGCAAGCACUCAGCUGAGGCCAUUGCUUUGGAGCAGAGCCGGCUGGCCCGCCUGGACCCCCACCCUGAGCUACUACCAGAGCUCGGCUCCCUGCCCCCUGCCAACACCUGACAAUGGACCACACCCUCCCUUCUCUGACACUGGUGGCCACCAGCUCAACAGCCCUCUGCUAUCUGAUGCUCACAGCCCCAAUUUGGGGCAUUGCCAUUUUUCCCACUGCCCUUUAGACAUUCCUCUACCAGAGACCCCCCCCCCAACCAGACCCUGGAGGUCUGCAAGCCCCUCAUCCAAAGCUGGUUCCGCUCUGAGAGUGACUCCAGGGCCGGCCACCCUCAUCCCCACGUUAGUUAGAUUGGUGAAUUAGAAUUGGGCCUCUGUGCCAACUCAUUUUCUUUGUUCUCAAUAAAUGUUGGGUUUGGUAAUAAA